UGCUGACUACUCUCCCCUGAUCACAGCACAGUGUGUACCUGUGUCAGCUUAGCGCUCUGCAUUCCAAAAUACAUAGAUUUUAUGUCAGUUUAAAAAACAUCUGGGCGAGGGGGUGCAUCCCUGUCAUUCCAGCAGUGGGAGGCUGAGGCAGGAGGAUCGCUGUGAGUUGGAGGCCAGCCUGGACUACGUAGCGAGAACUUGUCUCCAAAACAAAGGCCCCUGAUGUCACACUGGGGGACUGUGACAGCCUGCUGUGGGCACAGCUGAGCCCCUCCCAGAGCCACGGGCGCCUCCCUCCUGCUGGGACCCUAGGAGGAGGAGGAGAUGAACAGUUCCCUGCACUACCUGGCCUACCCUGCGGUUGUCUCCAAUCACAGGCAGACCACCGGCUUCAGGAGAAAACUGGACCUGGACCACUACCUCUCUCACCAGAAGCGGCUCCAGAUAGAGAUCCAGCCCCAAGCCUCCAAGGGAUCCACUGCUCCUGCCCGGCCGCCCCUGCCCCUCGGUGCCCAAGCGCUGCCCUGGUCUCCCUGGGGUCCUCAGUGCGAGCAAGAGAGAAUCGACAAAAUCGAGUACGAGAACAGGCAGCUGUGCGAGAAGAUUGCCAGCAUGUACUGUGGCCCCGCGAAGGUGGACUGCUGGAACUCAUACUUCUCCAGGAGCUUGAACCGAGAAAUGCGGAACCGCGAGCUCAUGCGCAUCACAGCGGAGAACCAGGCCAUCCUGAGGCGGCUGGGCAACUGCAAGUCCCACUACGACCGCAGGGUGUCCGAGAUGGACUGGCAGAACUCCAGGCGCUACAUCCGGAACACAACCAGGUACCUUCUCUCCCAAGAUGAGUAGGAAGUGACGCGCACCUGUCAUGUGAGGCUUUGCGGGUGUCGGAGGGGAAGUCACCGAGGACAGGACACUGCCGAGGCUUCCGGGCCACUCUGAGUCUCGAGACCCUCAGGAUGCCACAAUAAAGCCCGGGACAAUGGUGUCA